AUUUUCAUUACUUCGUGUUUCUCUUCUAAUUCUUGUCAAAACAAAAACUGCUGUGUCUAGUUAAAUGUCGAACGUGAAAUCAAGGAACGUAGUAAGGAACCUGAAAUUACAGAUAGUCGCAUGCUGGACAGUAUUGGUUUGGUGAAAGAUGAUUUGUACAGAAUCUCACACCGCCAAUCACACGAAUUCUAAUCAUGAAUAUUUUGCGGGCAAUAUUUCAGACGGCAGCGAUUGUGAAAAUGAAUAUGAAGGACACAGCAAUGACGGCGAGAACACACCUGCAGAAUUAUUUGUUCGCCUGACGGACAUGGUUCGUAAACAUUACUGUGGUUACCUGGAGAAACAGUUGUUGGAGAAUGUGCAGGCUUGGCGCGCAAAUAUAUCGCAGUAUGAGGGAGAUGCAGACGACAUCUUACAGCCCAAGGAAAGAGCUGCUCUGCAAGAGUGUUGCCGCGUACUGGAGGAUAAAGCUUUGAAGGCUUGCAUGCAUGCACGACGUUACCAACGUAGUAUGUUAAAGAUAAUCGCUGAAGUUCGCCGCAGUACGCAAGAAUCCCGUUUGGAAGAUCAGUUAAAAAAACUAAUUACUAUUGAAAAGGGAUCAGAAAUUUCAACCAAAAAUGCGGGUAAACAAAAAGCAACACAAACUGAUGAUAGUGUGUUUUGCGUUGAUGGUACUCCUAGAAUAUUAACCACUGAUAACCACAUCAAUAUUAGGGAUAGUCCAUGCAGCUUAUCGCUGGAGCAGAAAAUUGAAAUGUUUCAAGAGCGCCUCCAUCAAGAGGCAGCAUUAAAGGUGUCGGCGACGUAUAAAGAAUGCUACACAAAGAAGUCACGACGUUCCUCACAUAACGCCUUCAACGACAAGCUACAUAUGCAUCAUCGCCAAAAGCAUCGAGUACGCAGUUAUGACAGCAAAGUAUCAAAAUGUAUACAACUAUAUGAGAAAUAUAGCAAGACAUCUUCUUUUCCCAAUACAACGCCAGUUUUAAUAAAGCAUGAUGCACCACUAGAAAAUACCAAUUUAAACUCUGUACCACCAAUAAGUAUUGAAAAUACAGAGCAAAAUCAGGCAGCUAAUAGUACGGUAGGAUUAAAUGUUUCCGUCGAGAACGAUGUAUUGGAGCAGGAUGAUGAGAUUGCUAAGGAACUUGCACAACUUUUCAGUGAGGAGAAGUCUGAAUUAGAGGAACUACUUGGGCUCAAUGUGAAUUCAGAAAUUGACGAUCCACAGGUACGCAGCGUAUUUGAGGAGAUUGAGAACACGCCACUAUCACAUAAACUUAAAAAAAGUACAUAUUCUGCUCUUGCUGAACAAGAGUUGUUUGUUUGUUCGACAGAGAAGCAACUAUGGCAGUCAUCUCCAUCUAAACUAAAUGAAGCAUCUCAAAUGUCGGCAUCGCCUAUUAUAAAUCUCCACGGUCAUACUACUUCGCAACAACACCGCUUAUCCUCAGGUCAUAGUGAACGUCCAGUUUCAAAUUUGCGACACAGCUUAUGGCCAUGUGAAUUGUAUAUGCAACGACGUCGUUUGACAGCUUCUUUGAGUCGCCUAAUUGAAGAGGAUUUUCGGUGGCAUGACAUAAUCAAAUGGAAAUUCCAAACACUAUUUGGUGAGGACAGUGAUGAUGAAUUUGCCACCUGCAGCCCAUCAAUUGAGUUAGACGAAAUACUAAUCUGCAGUUGCAUUCGUCGCAUCUCACCGUGGAUGGUGAAACACUUGAUGAAACCGAUGCAGGAUGGUCUAAUAGCUAAUCGUUUUCUAUUUAAAAAAUUGGCAAAAAAAUUAGCCCACUCGAUUGUGUUGGAAAAUCAGUAUCCAGGGUGUGUAGGCGAGUUCCUCCUGUUUGUGGUGUGCGUCUUAAUGGUGUCCAUAAAUGGAGAGGCCUGCGGUUUCAACCCCACUCCGAAGAGUAAAUACUUUUUUAUGCCAUUGCCUGCCGAUAGCCGACCGCUUUUUCUAUCAUUUGGUGUUUCAUGCACGGAGAUUCGAACCUGUGCACUUCCGAAUGGUAGUCAUGCAUCAAACCAUUCGGCUACGGCAGUCGGGACUGAAAUAAAGAUUCAUAAAAACGUGAACUUUUUAAAAGCAAUUCAUAUUUUCUAUUUAAGUCCUUGAUUCGAACUGAUUGAACUUUAGGGAGCGUUUGCUAAAAAUGAGAGAGCUGCACCUAAGUUUUAAAUGGUAUAAGGCAAGAGUGAUAAUGUCAUCAAUAAUAACAACAGCUAUAAUAAAACGUGUCAAUGUGCAAUCGCUUGAGAUCAAAAAUUCGACAUUUGUAUGGUCACAAAUGGCGUCAACUCCGAAAUCAAUCAAUAUUAAAGCGAAUAAGUGCUAUGAUUAAGAUGGGCUAGCCACUUAAUAAAAAGUUUUGGAGAGUUGCACUCCCAUUAUCUGAAUCUGCGAUUUAUUUUGUCUAUGAAGGGUCAUCUUUGAAGAAUCGAGGUAAAUAGCAGUGGCGCCAGGGCUAAUUAUUCGGUUAGGUUUAAACUUCCAAUUGACCCUUGUUAUACUAAUACCUACUCCACACUACAAAGCCAAUUCCAUUUAGUUCAGGUUCAGUUUUCCAAUGAAGAUCAAAACUGUUUACUAGGUAAUCGCAGUUUAAGCGUUUAAGCUUGUGGGGAGGAUUUCUCCAACACCAAA